AUGGCCGACACGUCGGAAUUAGAAGCAGAGCUUCUGGCUGCCCUCGGCGCGCCGGGACCUGCGCCUCCAGUUGAUAUCCCGACCCAAUCCAAUGCCCAGCCACAGCAGCCAUCGAACGAUGCCGCUGGGCGCCCUUCACUCUCUCAUGUUGUAUCUCCGACUUCGACAGAACCACUCCCUCCUGCGCCAACUACCGUAACCUCGGCCCCGGCGGCGGCCGCCCCCGUACCGGCUCCUGUUCCCUCGGCCGUCAAUGCGCCAUUACCGACGAUGACUUCCCCCCUCGAUUCGCGCGCUGCGCCGGACGCAACGCCGAAAGCCUCGACCCCUACUCUCCACAAACCUCAGCUUCCUCCACAAAAUACAUUACCCCCCCAGCCCAAUGCAGGGCCCCAACAACCUCAGCCGCCUACAUCUACCGCCCUAGCUCAAGAGAUGCCAGGAGCGCGGUCUCCAAAACGCCCCAGGAGUCCUGACGGGACCGAUGAGAGCAACAUCAAGAGGCAAAGGACAGAUCAGCCGAGCCAUGGACCAGACGCCACGGGGACACAGAGUGUCGACUUUGCCGCCCUUCUGAACGAUGCACUUGCGAACUUCGACCAGCACACCGUCCCAGAAGACGGCGACAUCGCCAUGCCCGACAUCGAAAACACGCAACCAGCCGAGCCAGAAACCACGGCCACGCCGGAGGCCGGCAAGGAAGAAGGCAAGAUUAUGAAGGCGUCCAGCAACCCGUUCUACGUAAUGCGCUCCAUGAGCCUGCCGGUGCUGGGCAACAUCGCGGUGCAGAUCCUGCUCCGGCUCUCGCAACAAUCGCGGGCCGAGACCGAUGCGCUCCUCGCCGACACGGCCUCCGAGUUCCGCCGAUCCUACGACAUGCUGCGCGACAUGUUCCGCGAGACGCGCAAGGCCUUUUCCGAUUCGCCGCUGCUCUCCCCCGACGAGCUCGACAUCACCGAUUCCGAAGACCGCGAGACGAUACGCAUGUCCAACUUGGCCGCGGCCGCCGCCAGCGUGUUUGGCGCGCACGAUGUAGCCGCCCACGAUGUACACGAGGUCUUUUUGUCGAUUUUCAUCCCCGAGGACGGGGAGUAUAAGGCGUCUGUGACGGACUUGUUUGUGUCGUUGAAGACGCGCAUGUUGCUGGAUGCGCUGAAUAAGACGGAGCCGUCGCAGCCGCUGUCGCAGUUGUUGGAUUCGUUGUUUCCGGUUAAUUUUGAGGAGAUUGUCAAGCAACGCAGCGGGGAGCCGGUGUUGAAUGGGGAUGAGGAGGUGCUGGUUGCGAAAAUCCGGGAGAGGAGAGAGCAGUUGGUCAAGAGUGCUGCUGAUGAUGGGAUUAAAAGAACUCUCGAGGAGCAAUCAUCGAGCUCACGGUUUGCCGAGAGCCUGAGUUCGUUCCUGGAAGGCCAUCUCGGCAUUGUGGUAGACUACGCCGAGAAAUAUGGCGUGAACAUUCCCCUGAACGAAGAGGACACGAUUCCCGCACCUGAUCCGAGGGGUGCGCAGCCGGACGAUAAUCUCGUGGCCCUGCUGCAAUCUCAUCUCGGCCAAACGGACGGUGAUUUGCUGUCUGGGAGAGACGGCUUACUGGGCGCUGUGGGAGACCAGAACGCGACGGAUGACGAGGGCCUCGCGCUUAGGAAGUUGAUUGAGGACUCGCUUUCACACGUUCCGGAUUUGAAGAUUCCGUCGGCGGAUAUGGAUGGUGAGAAUGGGACACCGGAUUUGGAUUCGAAGAAUCUGGCGUCGUUUAUUUCGGAGAAACUGAAGACUGAGUUGGAUCUCCCGCAUGGCCUGCCGAAUCUUCUAGGGGGGGGGCACUCGCCUAAUGUCCACCCACAGUAUCCCGGCCAGCCCAACCAGGGCCACUCUACACAGUACCCAUCUUACCCUCAGGGAGCCCCAACUGUCGGGGCCAACGGCGACCUGCUACCGCCCAACCAAUCAAUGCCCACGGCCGCCCUUUAUGAGAAGGCCCGGCAAGCAGCCGUUGCGAAGUCGUCCAACACCACUCGGCGCGAGGGGCUGCACUCGACGAGGCGACCAUGGACCCCGGAAGAGGAGAAAGCGCUCAUGGCUGGACUGGAUAUGGUUAAAGGCCCCCACUGGAGCCAGAUCUUGUCGCUGUUCGGGCCGCAGGGGACCAUCUCAGACAUUCUCAAGGAUCGGACGCAGCUGUUCUUCCUGAAGACAAACUCGGAGAUGCCGUACUACCUGCAAAGCGCGGCUCGGAAGGAGGCGGAGGAGAAGGCGCGGAUGAAUACCGAGGAGGAGCGGGCGCGGAAUAACCACCAUCCGAUUACGAACGCGCAGCUGGGGCCACCCAAGCGAGUUAGUCCUUCUACCCCUGGCUUUGGAGGGAUAGGUGCUGGCGCGGGUUCUCAGGCGAACGGUGCGGCAUCUGACCAGAGUGCCCUGCAUAAGGUCACGGCUUUUCCGCCGAUCCAGCCGGCACCGGCACCGGGAUCGGCCGUGCAGCAGGCCAGAAGUCAUCUCCCGGCUCUUCAGCCGCAGGGGCAGCCGGGGCAGCAGCAGGGAAGGCCGCAGAUGCAACAACAGUAUCAACCAUUGCAGCAGCCGCAGAAGCCACAGCAGGCGGAUGGACACAGGCCGCCGGCGGCAGGGCAACCUCGACCCCAACAGCAACAGGGGCAGAUGCAGCAGACGCAACAGCAGAGCGCACACCCAGCACGUCCAACUCAACCGCAAUCGGCUUACCAGUCGACGCCUCAACCACAUCAUCCAGGGCAGCCGGGGUCGUCUCAACCUCGACCUCAUCCCCAAGCGCCGCGGCCUACGACAGCGGCACCACCACAGUCAUCACAACCCAUACCACAGCAGACACCACAAACACAGACACAACCCGCACAACAUCGAGCACCGCCAGCCAACGCACAGCAGGCCCAUCCACCGUCUCCAGCACAGAAUCAAGCACAUGCCCAACCUCAGAGUCACGCACAGGCUCAACCAGCUCAACCGGAUACCAAGUUGUUGGAGACGCUUAAGGCGGCGAUUGCGGCGUCUACGACUAGUGAGGGGCAGGCGCAGGCUCAAUCACAGCAGCAGCAGCAGCAGCAGCAGGUUCAACAAAAACCCCAGCAUCCCCAACAGCAACAACAACAAUCACCGCAGUUGCAGCAGAAACAACAGCAACAGCAGUUACAGCAACAACCGCAGCGACAGCUCCAGCAGCAGCCGAGCCCGCAACAUCAACAAUCGCCGCAGUUACAGCAAAAACAACAACAACCACAACACCAACCGCAACACCAACACCAACGGUCACCACAGCAGCAGCAGCAACCACAACCACCACAACAACAGCAUGCCGUGCCAGUUGCGGCUGGUGUAUCCGAGGGGUCAGGAUCUGGGUCAUUGAGUUGA